UUCUCCGCCCCUUUACGGCACGAUGGUCGCACAAGAAUGUGAUACAGUCUCGCCGGCCGCCAUUUUCUUUCUUUCUUAGCAGUUGGCUGUGAGAAGGUCUCUGCAAAGAAGCGGUAGCGGCCACGGUAGGGUAGACAUGGCAGACUAUUCAACAGUGCCUCCACCCUCCUCUGGCUCAGCUGGUGGUGGAGGCGGCGGCGGCGGUGGUGGAGGAGUUAACGAUGCUUUCAAAGAUGCGCUGCAGAGAGCCCGGCAGAUUGCAGCAAAAAUUGGAGGUGAUGCUGGUACAUCACUGAAUUCAAACGACUAUGGUUAUGGGGGACAAAAAAGACCUUUGGAAGAUGGAGAUGGCUCUUGGACAAGUCCGAGCAGUACAACACACUGGGAGGGAAUGCCCUCUCCUUUUAAAGAUCAACCAGAUGCUAAGAAAGUUGCUCCUCAAAAUGACUCUUUUGGGACACAGUUACCACCGAUGCAUCAGCAGCAAAGCAGGUCUGUAAUUACUGAAGAAUACAAAGUUCCAGAUGGAAUGGUUGGAUUUAUAAUUGGCAGAGGAGGUGAACAGAUCUCACGCAUACAGCAGGAAUCUGGAUGCAAAAUACAGAUCGCUCCUGACAGUGGUGGCCUUCCAGAAAGGUCUUGUAUGUUAACUGGAACACCUGAGUCUGUCCAAUCAGCAAAACGGUUACUGGACCAGAUUGUUGAAAAAGGAAGACCAGCCCCUGGCUUCCAUCAUGGUGAUGGACCAGGAAAUGCAGUUCAAGAAAUAAUGAUUCCAGCCAGCAAGGCAGGAUUAGUUAUUGGAAAGGGGGGAGAGACUAUUAAACAACUUCAGGAGAGGGCUGGAGUUAAAAUGGUUAUGAUUCAAGAUGGACCUCAGAACACCGGUGCUGACAAACCUCUUAGAAUUACAGGAGACCCAUACAAAGUUCAACAAGCCAAGGAAAUGGUGUUAGAGUUAAUUCGUGAUCAAGGUGGUUUCAGAGAAGUUCGAAAUGAGUAUGGGUCCAGAAUAGGAGGAAAUGAAGGAAUAGAUGUCCCCAUUCCAAGAUUUGCUGUUGGCAUUGUAAUAGGAAGAAAUGGAGAGAUGAUUAAAAAAAUACAAAAUGAUGCUGGUGUUCGAAUUCAAUUUAAGCCAGAUGAUGGAACAACACCUGAUAGAAUAGCACAAAUAACAGGACCUCCAGACCGAUGUCAGCAUGCUGCAGAAAUUAUUACAGACCUUCUUCGAAGUGUUCAGGCUGGUAAUCCUGGUGGACCUGGACCUGGUGGUCGAGGAAGAGGUAGAGGUCAAGGCAACUGGAACAUGGGACCACCUGGUGGACUACAGGAAUUUAAUUUCAUUGUACCAACUGGGAAAACUGGAUUAAUAAUAGGAAAAGGAGGUGAAACCAUAAAAAGCAUAAGCCAACAAUCUGGUGCAAGAAUAGAACUUCAGAGAAAUCCCCCACCCAAUGCAGAUCCUAAUAUGAAGUUAUUUACAAUUCGUGGCACUCCACAGCAAAUAGACUAUGCUCGUCAACUCAUAGAAGAAAAGAUUGGUGGCCCAGUAAAUCCUUUAGGGCCACCUGUACCCCAUGGGCCCCAUGGUGUCCCAGGCCCCCAUGGGCCUCCUGGGCCUCCAGGACCUGGAACUCCAAUGGGACCAUACAACCCUGCACCUUAUAAUCCGGGACCACCUGGCCCUGCUCCUCAUGGUCCUCCAGCCCCUUAUGCUCCCCAGGGGUGGGGAAAUGCAUAUCCACACUGGCAGCAACAGGCCCCUCCCGAUCCAGCUAAGGCAGGAACGGAUCCAAAUUCAGCAGCUUGGGCUGCGUAUUAUGCUCACUAUUAUCAACAGCAAGCACAGCCACCACCUGCAGCUCCUGCUGGUGCACCAACUACAACCCAGACCAAUGGACAAGGUAACUAUGGAGAUCAACAGAAUCCAGCUCCAGCUGGACAGGUUGAUUAUACCAAGGCUUGGGAAGAGUACUACAAGAAAAUGGGUCAACAAGGGCAGACACAGGAUUAUUCAAAGGCUUGGGAGGAAUAUUACAAGAAGCAAGGUCAAGCAGUUCCUGCUCCUGCUGGUGCCCCGCCAGGUGGUCAGCCAGAUUAUAGCGCAGCCUGGGCUGAGUACUAUAGACAGCAAGCCGCCUACUAUGCCCAGACAAGUCCCCAGGGAAUGCCACAGCACCCUCCAGCUCCUCAGGGCCAAUAAUAAGAAGUGGACAAUACAGUAUUUGCUUCAUUGUGUGGGGGAAAAAUACCUUUGUUAAAUAUAUGGAUGCAGACGACUUGAUGAAGAUCUUAAUUUUGUUUUUGGUUUAAAAUAGUGGUUUUUUUUUUUUUGGUUUUUUUUUUUUUUUUUUUUUUUUUGAAAAUGUACAAAAUAUCUAUCACUACUGAUAGGAGGUUAAUAUUUCUGUGUAGAAAUGAAAAUUGGUUUGUUUUUAGUAUUUAGUGUAGAUGUACACAUUCCAGCAAAUGUAUUUGCAACUAUUAUGUGGUCAAUGCUUUGUGAUAUAAAUGUACUUUUUCAAUGUAUACUUUCACUUUUAAAAUGCCUGUUUUGUGCUUUACAAUAAAUGAUAUGAAACCUCCUGUGUCGGUAAGUUGGAUAUGUGGGUAUUUAAAAGAUUCAUAAUUUCUUAGCAAUGAUAAAUUAAGAUACAUAUACACAAAUAUAUAAGCUUUCCCCAUGAAAUAUUAAUUGAAUUUUUAAACACUGGCAUGUUUUUUCCCCCUUGCAGUAUAGUAAUAGAUUGGAGGAUCUUUUCCAUUUAUUGUAUUUGGCUGUUUCAGCACAAGUAAUCCUGAUUUCUUCAUUUUUUUCCUUCUGUUUGAUUAAAAACUGCAUGUGUGUACAAUGAUCUUUUGGCAUACUUCCAUUGCAUUAACAGUGAAAUUUCCUUUUAUACAUGACCACUGUUUCAGACCUGUACUGCUGCUAUAACAGUUAACCUUUCUGUUCUUAAUUUGAUAAUUACUUGAUUUCCAAGACUGUUUCAGCAUAACUAAUUUUAAACAGUUUUCGGAUAGUGAAUAUGAGUAAUCUAAUAAGAACAGUAUUUUCAUGUAAAGCAACUCUUUUCAAUGUAUACAAUAUUAGUAUGUUUCUUUCUAAAUUUAGGGUAGAAAAGUGAAUAGUAUGCAAAAAUAUAGUUACAUCUGCCAUUGAAACAUUAUUGGGGUAUGGAAAUGUUCAAGCUUUUUUCUUUUUUGCAGUAUAGAUAAGCUUUGUUUUGUAAAUGCACAAGUCCAGUCAUUGAAUCAACUUAAUUUUUUUAUGUACUUGAAAUCAUUUUAUUACUCUAUAACACUCAUGCUGAAGUUCUAAUAUUUUGUUGAAAUCCAUUGUUUUACUCUUUGCAUAUUUGUUGGCUCUUUGCAUUUUAAUAUAUUAGACUACAUGCAAAUACAGUCUGUCUUGCCAUUGUCUGUUGAAGUGCAGGUUUGAUCCAGCCAGUAUAGAACUAGCUCUGUAGGGGUGAGGAGGACUGUGCUGUGUAUCAUCCUUGAUUGUGUUCCUUCAAGGAGCAUUGCACUGUAAGUACAUCAGAAUGACAAAUUGAUGAACUGCAACAGUAUCUUUUUGUCAAUGUUCCACAUAAUGUAAAUGCCAUACUUUGUGUGAAUAUUAUGUUGGAAUACAGUGCUGAUAUCUUGGAAAACCAUAACUGCUUCUUAAUUUAACAUAGAGUAAUACAUAGGUCUGUAUUUUUUUUUUAAGUGAGCUUAAUGGGUAAGUAUUUUUGAUAUGCUUUAGCUAUAGCUAAAGAAAACUGAUCAUUAACAAAGUUGAAUAGUAUUACUCAUUGGUGCUCCUAAAAUAUAUUGUUUUUCAGUGUAAAUAUGCAUAUCUUAUAUUAAUAAUGAAAGACUUGAAAUGUAUCACACAGAAGUGGUUUUCAGUUUGCAAAUAAAUAUAUUAAGCAAUGUAGCUGUUUUAACACCAUUUCAUAAAUAUACUUUCAUUGAUGGGGAGCACCAUUUGUUGUUCUGAAUAUACUAUAAAGGAAGAUGUACAAGGACAUAAAUGUUGAGAUUACUUAUAGGGCAGAAAAUUAGCAGUACAGUUUAUUGUAGAUAGUUUGAAAUGUUUUUGAUUGUUUUAUAGAAUUUAGAGUGACUUCCCUUAUCCUUAUUUAGAUAUGGAUAUGUAGUUCUAGUUUGGAGUUUAAUAGUUAAGGAGUUUGUUAUCUUUAAGAAUAGGGUAUUGACAUGAAUAAUUUCAGUAUUUUGCAUGAUACUGUUUUAUAGAUGACCUUUUAGGAAAGUGGUGCAUUUAUUAAUUAAAUUGAAGAAAUAGUUCAGUUGGAUUCAAUAUCAUAACUCACAAAUUGGAGGCUGUUGAUUUUGAUUCAUUUAAGGUUUAAAAUCUUUAUUAAUUGCAAACAGUGCAAUUAUUUAUACUUCACAGUGCCUUCCCAGACCUUCCACCUUAGGUUCUGCUGCAAAAAGCAACAGGUAAGCACAACCUAAGGACAUAUAUAAAUAAAUAUUUCAGUACAUUAAUGUUGUCCCUGUGAGGUUUUUGUGGUUGUGUAUUCAAAAGCAAUCUGCUACUGCUUCCCCAAAAUGUAUUUUGUUAUUUAUGCUACCUUUUCAGUGGAAAGUCUGUAAGUUGUUCAAACAACUGGUUACAUUUCUGGGUAAUGUUUUUUAUUUUAUUUUUUUUUUAUUAAAACAAAAAAGAAUGAUGAGUAGAUUGCUGCUGUAAUUGAACUAUAUCCAAACUUUUUGUAAUCUUUUCCCAGAUAUAGAAGAAUUGUUAAAAUUAAGACAGGACGAUUACAAAGACAAUAAAAAGAUUUAGGAAAUCACUUGUUCAGAAACUUCAACAGCCUUCACAGUCUGUUUAAGAUUGACAGGACGUUGUCUUUGCCCUCCAAAGCUAUGGAGUCUAUUUUUUUUCUUACUCUUGAACUAUAGUCAUUCAGUAAGGACAUUAUGGAUGAGAGUUCUAUUAUGACUUUUUUUUUAGACAAUUCAGUUUUUGUAACUUUUAUAUACACUGAAAAAGGAAAAAAUUAUGAAGAAUACUGGCAGUAUGUUUUCAUAAAAGGCAUGUGCAUCAGUGAAAUGUUAACUGUAUAGCAAAUAACCUUUCAUAAUCUGAAUAGCAACCAGUAUUUCUCUGAUUUAUAAUACUUUAAUAACUGACACUGCAUUUAUUUUAUUUUUUGCCAGUUUAAAAUGUUUGUGUGUUAUAGAUUUUAACUGGUACAUAUUUUGAGUUAAGAUGAAUGUAUUAAAGCAGCAUCAUACCAGUUUUGUUUAUUCGAUUUCUAAAAUGUGCUGAUCCUUUUAAAACUCCUGCUUAUUUCUACAACAAAAAAAUAUUCAAAAAUGCUGCCUUCAUUUUCACACACAGUGCUGAAGAUGCUGCAAGCACCAAAUCAUAGCUCAUAAAAUCAGGUCCUGAGAUAGUUACCCAUAAAGAGGAAUCCUUUGAGUGUAUGCCAUUGGUGAGCCGAUGAGCAUGGACCAUAGAAGGGCUCAAUGUAGAAGGUAAAAUUGGCGAAUCAUAAUUGAGAAAAUGAAAUGUAUUCCCAUACAUAAUAUGGUAUAGGGUGUAAUGUACCUGCUUUUGAUCACUUUUCAUUUUAAAGUGCUAUUCACUUGCUCUUAAAUGUUCCGUGGACUGUUAAAUUUCAUAAGUUACGAGUUACUGCACCACAUUUAUGUGUGUGUAUGUGUUUUAAUAGUCAAUGAUAGGUAUGUUAAGAUUGAUAAUAUAAAGGAACUCUUUGAACCUUAAGAGCUUGUCAAGUUUUGGUUAGCUGUAGUUUGCAUUUCUAUGAAAGAAAAUAUAGAUGAAUGCCAGUAGAUAUUGGGGCAUUGUUUCUAUCAUGCAUUUUUUUUUCCAUUACCAUAAGCCUUCACUGAUACUGCAAGCAUUUUUAAAUGGAGCUAAUCUUAACCUUGAUAUAAAUGGAAAGCAGAAAAGGUGAGCCAGUUAAUUUGAAUGCAAUGGAUGUUAGGACUGGUAGAAACAAUGUUUAGAUUGAAAUUGAACUGAUUUAUUUUACUUAGCACUUAAAAAACUUGACAAUGUUUUUUUUUUUAAAGAAAAGAUAUCUUAGUGUGAUGAUACUUAGAAUUCUUAAUGGUUUGAUGUUUCUUUUAGAAAUUAGAAGUAUGCUUUUAUUUUUAAUUAAUGAAAAUUGUUUUAAUACUAAAACUAGUGAUUUAUUACUAGUUAUUUAUAAACAUUGUAAACUAUAUCCUUAGACAAAUACCUUCGUAGUAGUUAAUUCAUAAGGGUGGGUUUGGGUUAGGAGUAGCAGAGUACCUUAAGAGGAAUAUAGAAGUUUAUGCAGAAAGAAUGACAUUUCAUUUGUGAUUACUCUGCAAGGAGAAUCAGUUCUAUCUGCAGAGUUAUCUGUUUAGAGUAGGGAUGUAGAAAUUACUAAUCAGUGAGGAUGUCUUAUUUUUACUUUCUGAAGAUUUUGCCUCGUUUUAAAAUGUGUUUUAUCAGUACCUAGUUAAAGAUAAUUUUGACUCUUAACCUUAUUUUUUGUUUAGUCACUUGAGUUUUCUUGCCACAGUAUAAACUUCUGAGGGAAUUUUUAAAUUGGCACUUCUAAGAAGCAAAUAAAUCCCAGGGUUUUAUUUUCUUCAUUGAUACCCCUAUAGAAACUCUUAAAUGUAUUUGCGCAUAUAUCUAUAUUUUUUCUUAUGCAUGCUCGAUGCAUUUUCGUCCUGAGAAAAGUGUUCUCUACAGAAACUACCCGUGUGUAAAAAGAAGAUUGGCUUAAAAUGGCUACUGUGAUGGGAACAGUGUCUUAGGGAGAUGCAGCUUGGACUUGAGGUAAAUUGAAUACUUUACAAACUGUGGUUUAGAGUUUGCUUUAAUGACAUUGUAUGUAAAAGGGUACAUUAUUGCUGUAAUUUUGUAUUGAUUAUGGUUUUUGCAAUAAAAAAAUAAAUGUACAUUGAUAAAUAU